AUGGCGUUUUGCAGAUUUCGCUCAGCUUCUUCUCUCAUCUCCAAGUUUCUUCCUCCCUCCAACACUCUCUACUCUUUCUCCUCAGAAACCGAAUCAGUGAAAGAGAAAAUAAUGAAUCAUAUGGCCCACCUCGAUAUAAACUCUCAAAUUAGAAGUUGUAUGUCACUCGCUGCAAUGCGAAUCGGUACAAUUAUUCACAACAUUGAGGUUAACCCAGGUCAAGGGGGGAAGCUAGUUCGCUCGGCGGGCACUUUAACCAAGAUUUUGAAGGACCCCACUAGAAGGUACUGUUUGGUGAGGUUGCCUUCGGGGGAUGAGAAAUUGAGUGAUACAAAGUGCCAGGCUACGAUUGGUUCAGUGUCAAACCCGAGUCAUAAAACGAAGAAGCUUAGGAAGGCAGGGAAGAGCAGGUGGCUGGGGUAA